AUGGCGCCAUUCAGCAUCGGCAGCGUCAUUUCUCCGACAUCCCCAUUUGCCUAUUUUGGAUUCCUCUCCACGGUGGAGUCGCGACUCCGUAUCAGAGGCAUCCGCUUCACCGCAACGGUCGACAACUUCCCUUGCUACCCCGUCAAAAGAGGCUUCCUGUCAAGGAAGGUCACCAUAUUGUCAUCGGUCCUUGGUUCUAUAGCCGCCACCGCCGUGGUGGCCGCCACCCUGGCGUGCUACUUCAACUCAAGAUACCGGAGGUGGCACAAGGACCUGGACCAGCUCGCCAGGUCCAUGGAGCGCCUCCCUGGGGUACCCACCAAGAUCGACUUCAUCGAUAUCAGAAAAGCCACCAACAACUUCCAUGACCGCAUGAAGCUCGGUGGAGGCGGGUUUGGCACCGUGUAUAGGUGCACACUCCCCGCCUCCGCUUCCAAGUUGGAGCGGCCGAUGGACGUGGCCAUCAAGAGGUUCACGCGUGACGUGCAGAACCGCCGAUACGACGACUUCCUCACCGAGGUCAGCAUCAUCAACCGGUUGCGCCACAAGAACAUCGUCCCCCUCAUCGGGUGGUCUUACAACAAAGGAGUGCCACUGCUUGUGUUCGAAUUCAUGAAUAAUGGCAGCUUAGACCAACAUAUUUUCCAUAGAGGCGGCAGCGGCACCAAGCAACAAAACAUUGAUGAUGCCAUUCGGCGAUGGGCAACCCGCUAUGAGAUCAUCAUGGGCAUAGCCACUGCUCUGCACUAUGUCCACCACGAGUAUGAGCCCAUGGUGCUCCACCGGGACAUCAAGGCAAGCAACAUCAUGCUGGACUCGAGGUUCCAGGCUUGCCUCGGCGACUUUGGCCUGGCUUGCACCGUUGCCAUUGACAGAAAUUCCGUCACCGGCGUGGGUGGCACCUGGGGCUACAUCGCCCCAGAGUACCCAGUUUGCCGCAAGGCGACGCGGCAGACAGACAUCUACGCUCUUGGGGUGCUCAUCCUCGAGGUUGUCACAGGGCUACGGGCGUUGGCUGAUCAUGAGGUGGUGGAUGAUGAUGACAUGCAUAUCACCGAUAGAGUGUGGCGUCUUCACCGAGAGGGGAGGCUAUUGGAAUGCGUGGAUGCCAUGUUGAUCAGUGGUUUUUCUCCCGACAAUGAGGAGCAGCUAGACAAUGUUGGCGAUGCCGAACGCUUGCUGCUCCUGGGCUUGGCCUGCAGCAACCCAAACCCGUCAGACCGGCCAACCAUGCGCGAAGUGGUGCAGGUCAUCGCCAAGUUAGCUCCACCACCACAGGUGUCACCUCUGAAGCCAAGAUUCGUGUGGCCACCGCAGGAAGAGGGUCAUUCAGUGACCUGCAAUGAUGAUAGCCUAGGUACAUCAAUGGUAAGUAAUCUCGACAAGAGUAUGGCAAGCCUUACCAGAGGGCGUGCUUAA